AUGCAUCGGCGUUUUGAAGCAUGGAUUGACUCGAAACGGCAGAGUAGACGACGCACCCCUGAAAUGCCACGGCUUUCCGAUCCGCGACCGUACACAUUGACACCAACACCGUCGCAGGAGCGAAUUACAACAUUAGCAGAAACGGUUCCCUUCUUCAGACUGCCCCUCGAACUUAGACGAAAUAUUCUUAUUCACGCAUUCGGCAACCGUACAGUUCAUAUAGACCUCGUUUUAACUCAUCCGUUACGUGAACCGAUCAACGAUGAGCGAUCUACUUACAGAUCCACAAAGCCCGCCCACAGGUACCAUACCGAGAAUAUGCACCUCUAUCCAUAUACCGAAGAGAAUCUAGGUCUGGACACAAAUCAGCCUAGGUACUGGCAGUGGAGAGGCUGCGUAUGUCAUCGCCUGCCACAUCCUCGUUUCAAGACUACUGUGGAUUUCCAUACUAUCGUCAAGCCUGCUGAUGAUAGAUGUUGUGAAGGAUGGGCGGCCUAUUGUGCCAUGUGGACUAAACAGACUGACAAGCCUGAUUCUUGCUGGAUAGGAGCCAUGGGCUGGCUCUUGACCUGUCGUCAAGCGUACAUCGAAGGAACUGAGGUCCUUUAUGGCACAAACACUAUUCAUAUAUCAAGCAAGCCUCUUCUCACCAACUUGAGCACACUAGUCCCUCGGCGAAGUUUGUUGCUGAUAUCCUCACUUGAUGUUGUGUUUCGGCUGGACACUGAUACACAACAAGGAAAAGCAUUUCCAAACCUGCAACAAUUAGAACAGGAUCUACUCAUCCUGGAUACACACUUUCCCAGUCUCUUGCGCCUCCAUAUCGGUCUACGACUCGACCUACCUAUUAUAGAAGAUAACAGGACGAGUAUCAAAAGGAGACCUGCACAUGUAGUGGGUAUGCUUCAGUCUAUAGAUAAGUUCCUCAAACGUCGACGUGAACAGCCCCAGUUUGGUCAGCUUCGGGACCCUCUUUUGUUGUCGAUCCCGCAGUCUGCAUACGAAGACUUUCAAAACGAGGUGCGUCACAACGAUCAAUAUUAUGUUAGAAAGAGUGGUGCCCAAGUCUGGCGACCGUUGUCACUUGCAUCAUUGGUGUUGGACGACAAAGGCGAGAUAGCAAAUGCAGUAGCAAGUAAUGGCUACUGGAUUUGGGGAGACUAUGAAGAUCGGUAUGAAAUGGAUAAAAGGCCACUGGCUUUUUGA